AUGUGUAUUACUAUGAGCAACUGUGAGGCUCUCUGUGAUCUGUAGAUAACAAUACGAUCAAGUAUAGUGCACACCAGAUGAUGUGAAAACAUUUUCGUAUCUGUUGUUAUUUUGGUAUAGAUAGACAUCCAAAUACUCAGGUGCAUAUGUAUAUAGAUCGAGUUUGAUAAACAUCGUGUCUCUCUUUCUUUUUCCUCUGUCUCUUUCUUUCUCCUCUUUCUCUCUCUCUCUCUCUCUCUCUCUCUCUCUCUCUCUCUCUCUCUCUCUCUCUCUCUGUCUGUCUCUUUCUUUCUUUCUCUCUCUCUCGUGAAACGCAAUUCAAGUUGUAAAACAUUUAGAUGCAAUAUGACGUCGGUAGAUUCUGGUGUUGAGACUGGAAAUGAUUCAAACGACAGUUUAAUUGUUCAACACGAAAAUCUUACAAGUGGCCAAAUAAGUUGUAAUACUUCUUCUACAACCGUUGCGAGUAUGAAUAGCAGCCAAAAUCAAGGACAAGAAAACGAACAGAAUACUUCUCGAAUAGGAUUAGGUCCAGCCUGGUCAAUGGAUCUGAGUUUACCGAUUUCUUCGUUGUGUCCAGGACUUGGAAAUUAUAACUGUGCCGAUAUAAGCCAAAAUUCGGGUGCCAGUACAUCAGGAGAACUCGUUGUAUAUCCAUCACAGGGAUUUAGACCUCCCACAAAUAGAUGUGUUUCUGCAAAAGAAUUAAGAGGUAUCAAAGUUAUUCCAAGAAAGAUGAGAUCGCUACAUUUUCGUACUGAUCAAUAUUAUUCUGGUUGGAAAGAAUUUCGAGAAACUUUUUUGGAACGUAAAAUGCGACUUGCAGCUUAUACAAAUAAUAUUGAAUUAAUGAGAAGACUGUUAAAUACUGGUGUUUCACCCGAUAGUCGUGACGAACAAGGACGUACACCUCUUCAUUUAGCCUCUUGCAGAGGCUUCGAGGCAAUAGUACAUCUGCUUUUGGAACAUGGUGCAGAUCCUAAUAAACGUGAUAUCAUAGGUAAUACUCCACUUCAUCUAGCAGCAGUCACAAGUAAAAUAUCAGUAGUGACAUUGCUUUUAAAGGCUGGAACAAAUGUACACUCUUUGGAUAAAUAUGGUUGUAGUCCAUUACGAAUAGCACAAAAGAAAUUAAGAAUGUUGCAAGAAUAUGGAAAACCUCUUCAAGAAGAUAUGUUAAAAAUUAAAGAAGAAGUACACAAUAUUAUUGGUAUGCUAAUGGUGUACGUACAAAAACAAAAAGAUAUGUCUGAACAAGUCGAAACGCUUAGUAGCUUUUGUUCUCGUCUUUCGCUAUCUAAUACAUCUGAUCAAGUACAGGAUGAUGUCAAAGAUUUACUGGCUAACAUAAAUUCUCUUAGUAUUACAAAUUAACUAUUUGUAUUAAUAUACUGUGAAUAAUAUUACUGAUCAAAUUAUACAUAGUAUAUUAAUGCAAUAGAAAUACUACACAUUUUAUAAAAAAGACAGUUAUGAGAAUUAAUAAUAACUGUAGUGUUAUGUUUAAUAUCUCAAAGAACUCAUUAAUUUUUUUGUUGUUCAUUAUAAUCGAUCUUAUACACGUAUGUUGUAAUUUAUUUUAAUCCUUGUGUCUUUGAUCCUACAGUCCUGGUCUGGUCAAUUACUAAAUUUUAGUUGUAAAUAACUUACUGCAUUUUCAACACUUGUAUAAAUUUAAUUAGCAAAUUAAAAAUAUAUUACUUAUGAAAUGUAUACAUUUAAAAAUUUAGUAUGCAACAUCAGUAGUGUAUACUUAUACUGCUUUAUUGAUAUAAAAAGGAAAAAUGGAGGAUUUAAAAAUGUCAUCCUUUGUUACUUAUACUUUUCAGUUACAUACUUUAUUUCAUUUUGUAUUAAAAACUAUAUUACAUUUAUGAUGUUGUGAGGUUAUAAUUAUUAAUCUUUUAAUCAAUUUGACAAGACCAGGUAUUUAAUAAACACUAUAUAUCAUAAUUAAUAUUUUUUUCUCUAAAGAAAAUUUUUUAAUAAUCGAAGAUAAAAGAUAAAUUAUCUUGCAACUACACAACACAUUGUUUACAAUGUUUUAGAAGAACAUUUAUACAAUAUGCUUAUGAAGAAAAAUUUGUUAUAUACAUUAUACUGUUUUUGCUAUUCAAUAUUAGAACUUAAGAUCGUAAUUUUUACUUUUCAAAGAUACAUUGUUCAAUAUUUUCUACUUACAUAUAAACAUGUAAAUAACUGAUGUAAUAUCUUUACAUCUUCUGUACAUAUUGAUUGUAUUAACAUAGAGCAUCUCUAUUAUAACUUAUAAUAUAUAAUAAAAAAUAUAUAUAUUUUUUUUUUAUGAAAAUAAGUGUGUACAUAUAGUAUUUUGUGUAUAUAUAUAUAUAUAUAUAUAUAUAUAUAUAUAUAUAUAUAUAUAUAUAUAUAUAUAUUAACAAAACAUAUAUAUAAUCAUGUGGGAAAAUAAAACUAUUGAGGUUAUACUGCUGUUUUUAUUUUAUAAUGUUUCCAAUGUAGAAAUGGAAAUCAAUUAAUAAAGAACUUAAUAAUAAACAAUUUUUCAAUUUAUAAAAAGGAUAUGAAUCAUAGAAAUAAUGUAAUUGCCUAAAAAUGUACAUUAUAUUUUCGUAUUGCAGUGUAACCUUAACUAAAAUAAUUAUUAAUAUUAAGGAUUUUGUUGUAUAGAGAUAUAAAAAAAAAUCGUAUAUAAAAUAAAUGAUAUAGGAAUAUAAUAUAAAGAAAUAUAUUUCUUUCACUUAAAAUGCAUUAGUUUUCAAAGAGUUGAAUUAAAAUAUAAUAUAUUUCCAAAUAUUUAUGAAAUAUUAAAAAGCCGGGAUUUAUUUAAUUUAAGAUUGCCUAGCUAUUUAAUGAAUCUCAUAAAAUCAUUAAUUUUUAUCAAUAUACUUGAUUAUCUCAUUACUUCUAAUCUUUAGUAACGAAGUAAAAAUAAUUAGCAUAACAUUACAUUCUUUUCAUAUUGUAUACAUUACAUCAAUAGGAAGAUUAUUUAAAAUCACUAUCUCCUUAUUUAUAAUGUUUUAAACUAAUUUUUAUUGGAACUUGUAAUUCAUGAUCUGUUUCUUAAAUUAUUAAUAUAUCGUCAGAUUCUAUAUUUUCAAAUGCAUGUACAAUGAUAUAACAUGCUCAUGUAGUAUGUAGUUUUAACAUAUAAAUGUGUAAAACUUGUAGCUCUUGUAAAAAUUUAAAAAUAUCUUUUCUCAUUACAAGAAAUAAAGGCAACAAGCAAUUUGUGUAAAGAUUGAAA